UCCGAUCUUCCUUUGUUGAUAAAGUUACCUGAGUAACACGUUUUUUUUGUUAAAGUGCAAUGAUAAGUGCCGAGUGAACGUCGCAACGCUGGCAACCCAUAUGGCUCUGGGAUUGAGUUCGGGGCUCUGUGGGAGUACGGGACCCGGAUCUGGGGCCCAUUCAGAGACGUCGUCGUCGCCAGGUAUUAGCGUCCCGAUCCCGGUAGCGCCGGCACCCAUGUUGCCGAAUCCCAUGUUCGCGUUACCCACUUUGAACUUUACCGUGUCCCAAGUAGCGGCGGUUUGCGAAACCCUAGAAGAAAGUGGCGAUAUUGAAAGACUCGCUAGGUUUUUGUGGUCCCUUCCGGUAGCGCAUCCGAACAUUAGUGAACUGAACAAAAAUGAAGCCGUUUUACGAGCUAGAGCUAUAGUGUCUUUUCACAGUGGUAAUUUUAGAGACCUUUAUACAAUUUUAGAAUCGCAUAAAUUUACCAAAGGCUCCCACGGAAAAUUGCAAGCUAUGUGGCUGGAAGCUCAUUAUCAAGAAGCUGAAAAGUUACGGGGGCGUGCAUUAGGACCCGUGGACAAGUACCGUGUGCGUAAAAAGUUUCCUUUACCUCGUACGAUUUGGGAUGGUGAACAAAAAACUCAUUGUUUUAAAGAAAGGACUAGAAGUUUGUUACGGGAAUGGUAUUUGCAAGAUCCUUAUCCCAAUCCGACGAAGAAAAGGGAGCUGGCUCAAGCGACGGGACUGACUCCAACGCAAGUUGGAAAUUGGUUCAAAAAUAGGAGGCAGAGGGAUAGAGCGGCUGCUGCUAAAAAUAGGUUAGUGAAUAUAUGCAUUGGACGUUAUUCAACAAAUUGA